UAAUGCUCAGUCUGAACGAUGGAGGCUGAGUCAGACAUCUCAAAGUGAGCUCAAACUUCACCAGAAUUUAGUCAUAUUUAUAGAUAGAUAUAUUUAUUUUUUACAUUACGAGCAAUCUGAAUCAACGAUAGCUGGCGAAUUAGCGAGUUGCUAACGAACCGGAAAUCAGACAAGGGUUACAAAUUAGCACUGUUCUCGCAGCCUGUAAAAUCUCUCCCCGAGCCGUCAUGUCUACUGCAGGAGACUUUGGGAACCCGCUAAGAAAAUUCAAACUGGUUUUUCUUGGGGAGCAAAGUGUUGGAAAGACUUCGCUCAUCACCAGAUUCAUGUAUGACAGCUUUGAUAAUACCUAUCAGGCCACAAUAGGAAUUGAUUUCUUGUCAAAAACGAUGUACCUCGAGGACAGAACAAUCAGGUUGCAGCUGUGGGACACAGCGGGCCAGGAGCGAUUCCGUAGCCUCAUUCCUAGCUACAUCCGUGACUCAGCCGCCGCUGUCGUAGUGUACGACAUCACAAACGUCAACUCCUUCCAGCAGACCACCAAAUGGAUCGACGAUGUCAGGACAGAGAGAGGAAGCGACGUAAUCAUCAUGCUGGUCGGAAACAAGACUGAUCUUGCAGACAAAAGGCAAGUAUCUAUUGAAGAGGGCGAGAGGAAAGCCAAAGAGCUGAGCGUGAUGUUUAUUGAGACGAGCGCUAAAGCUGGGUACAACGUGAAGCAGCUUUUCCGGCGGGUGGCUGCUGCCCUGCCAGGCAUGGAGAGCACACAGGACAAGAGCAGAGAAGACAUGAUCGACGUGACGCUGCAGAACCCUCCAGAACAGCCCGUGAGCGAAAGCGGAUGCUCCUGCUAAGCCUCGUUCUCCAUCACGCUGCCCUCCUCUCUCGCUCUCUCUCAUCCUGGAAUCUGAAAAACACUACUUCGUUCAUCCAUCCGUCCAUCCAUUAUCCUCGGUGCUGUGCUUUUCCGCUUCCUCAUCAUGACCUUAAGCUUCCCAAGCACAACGUGGAUGUGAAACGCAUCCCAUGUCAUUUUUCCGUUAAAAGCUUCCACCUUUUUUUUUUUGGUGACACUGUUUAUUUAUACCAUGAAUAGCUUAUUGCCUCUGGAGGAAUGAUCUAGGUAGCUUCUAACGUGUGAGCACUGAACAAUUUACAUUUAACUUUCAACAAUACUGAUGGAAUAAUAGAUAAAUACUUUUCAGUCAUUAUUGUUCGAGGUAAAUCGAAAGGGCUAUAUUCAGUUUGCAGGCAAGCACCAGGGCUGAAUCUCUGACAACGCAAGCUCUUGUGAUGAAGCACGGUGCAGGAAAAAAAAAAAAUGUUUACGAAUUUUUGGCAAUAUCCAAGUCUGUAAGGGAUCAGUGUCUUUAUGGGUUGUGAAUAAAGUCAACACCGAUUACAGAAGCUCUUGGAAACGGAGAGCAGUGAUCAGCUUCACUUCAAACCUUGGCGCAGGUUUGUGGGUUUUUUUUGUUUGUUUUUUUAAAUAAAUCUUUAUCCUUUCUGACUGUUGAAUUCGGUAGCACAGUAGAGAUACCAGUGCAGUAGCUAUAAAAGAUUUUGUAUAUUAAGAGUCGUCUCAUCAAGGAAAUCUGAUAUCGAUAUGCAGACAAGCCUUUAAAGAGCGUAUUUGAUAGGGCUUCCACUGGCUUUUUGUUAGUGGGUGUUUUUGAUUUAAUGUAACUUUUAAAUUCUUCCACACUUCAGAUUUUUUUUUUUUUGUGGUGUGUGUGUGUGUGUUGUAAUAUUUAUUUUCACUUGCUGAUUUUUGCUUUUUAAUUUGUCAUUCAUAAAGCACACUUCACGUCACUUCAGCAUUUUUUAUUUUUUUUUCCAGUCCAUCCCGUGGACAGCUGAUAUUAAGCAGCUCAUGAUACAGUGCAAUUUGUUUGAGGUUCUCUGGGGUGGUGGUUGUUGUUCCUUGGAGGAAAAUACACAUUUCGUGGUCCGUCAGCUCUGGCUUGUCUAAUUUUUUUUAAUGGUUUUAACUGUUGCUGCUGUGUACAAAAGCUCAUAAUUUGCACUGCUAUAUUACAUGAGUCUCUUAUUGAUGUCCCUAAUAAAGACCUUUUAUUUCGUAA